AUGGCCAUACAGGACGCCGAGCUCCUUCCAAAGCUCCAGAAGCUCGCAUCGAAGCACUUGAAGAUGCCGGUGCUUGCAAGUGCCUUAGAGCCCGGGAAGGAGCCCAAGGACUCCAAGUCCAAGAAGGAGAAGAAGGAGAAAGGAGGCGAUGUCGGCUGCCCUUUCCGGUUUCAGCUGGCUACGGCGCCUGAGCAUUUGGCAAGGCCGGUGGGCUCAGCGGAUCCUCGUGUGCAGGGCUUCAAGCCGGAUGGCUGGCAGUCCAUUUUGCUGGAUGUCGCGGAUGCAGGGCAAUCAGCCCUCGUACAGGCGCCCACGGGCUCAGGCAAGACCUUCAUCGCCUUCUACGUCAUGGAGAAGGCGCUCAGGACCAGCGACGAGGGCAUCGUGGUCUAUGUGUGUCCCACCAAGGCACUUGCCAACCAAGUCCAUGCCGAGAUCGAAGCCCGCUUCGAGAAGUCCUACCGAGACGGCCGGCCCUUCUGCGGCAUCUUCACCCGCGACCGGCGCUCGGAACGGCUUCAGGAGUGCCAGAUUCUGGUGACGGUGCCCCAGUGCUUGGUCAUCUACAUGCUGAGCCCCACGGCGGCCAUGCACGCAUGGGUCGAGCGGCUGGAGUAUGCCAUUCUGGACGAGGUGCAUUGCCUUGGUGGCGAGACUGGAGAGGUUUGGGAGCAGAUCCUGUCGCUGCUACCCUGCCCCAUUUUGGCAUUGUCGGCCACCCUGGGGCAGAGCGAGGACUUCACAUCCUGGAUGCGAAAGCUGCAAGCUCAGCAGAAACGUGAGCUUCACGUACUGCAGCAGGUGGGUCGGUUCAACGACCUUCAGCCGUGGGUCUUUGAUGGAGAGCAUCUGCGUCGACUUCACCCGUUCUUCGCCCUUCAACCCGCCGUUCACGCCUCCGCGCGGGAGAAGAUCAGGCCGGAGAAUCUCCAUCUCAUCCCCGAGGAUGCCCUGCAGCUCUAUGACGUGCUUAGCUCCAAGGCUGACCUCCAGGCCUUGGCCCCGGAGGCCUACUUUGCUUCCUUGCCACAGGGCUCCUGGAACCUCAGCAUGCAGGAGGUGCAGCAGUGGUCCAAGUCACUGGGAGAAGCUUUCGACCGGGCCGCGCGCGACGUGCAGGUUGAGGUGGUUCAUGAGCUGACCGAGGAGGCAGGUGCAGCCUUCGGAUGCAUCGAGGAGGGCCUGCGGAAGGGGUCACAAGAGUACUUGGAGGCUCGCUUUGGUUCUUUGGUUGAGGAGCUGCAAACUGCGGACAUGCUUCCAGCCAUCGUAUUCCAUGACAGUCGAGGUGGAUGUGAAUGCUUGGCCAUUACAUUGGGCAACUACCUGCGAGCAAAGGUGGCGAAGUAUCGCCGAGAUGAGAAGAUCGAGUCCAAGAUUGAGGCCUUGGUCAAACAACGGAAUCUGAUUCCAAUACCCGAGGGCCGAGUUGGGAAAGAUGGCGUUCUGGUGCUCAAGCCGGAAGAGUUCGACGACGUGCAGCAGCGCAAGAGCCUGGCCACGGCCAUUGCACUACUACAAGGGAUUCCUCGGGAGUGCACGGCGACUCCACCGGGACGCACUCAGCUGACGAAUUCUGAGCUGGAAGAGGAGUUUGACCUAAUCAAAGAUCCUUUCAAGCCUGGCCAUCCCUUGCACAGCCUUCUUCUCUAUGGCAUUGGUGUGCAUCAUGCUGGCUUGCCCGCGCUCUAUCGGCAGGUGGUGGAGCGCUUGUUUCGCAUGCAGCGCUUGGGCGUGGUGGUGUCGACGUCCACCUUGGCCCUCGGCAUCAACAUGCCUUCAAAGACCUCCGUCUUUGCAGGGGACUCCCUCUUUCUGAGCCCCAUGCAAUUCCAACAAGAGGCUGGGAGGGCGGGCCGGCGCGGCUUUGACCUCCGGGGCCACAUCGUGUUCUUCGGCCUUCCGGGCAAGAAGGUCCAGAGGCUUCUGGUCGGUGAGCUGCCAAGGAUUGAGGGCAGCAUCCCCCUGACCGCGUCUCUGACUUUGAGGCUGUUGAUGAAAGCCCAGGUGCUGCCGCAGGCGGAAGACUCUGUGGCGCGGGCAGUUGGUCGUCUGGCCACUUGCCCCUUCUUCUGCCCAUCGCCAAGCAUUCCCUUCCAACAGGCACACCUCUUCCAGUUUUUCGGCCGGCAUCUCUUUGCGGAAGGCUUCCUGGGACCUUCUCGACAGGUGACGGACUACGCGGGCUUUGUGGCGCACAUCUGGUGGGAGGAGCCAGGGAACUUCGCACUCGUCUCACUUCUCCAGGAGCGAGGCGUCUUGACGGAGCUGUGCCAGGGCCCGCGCAAGGACUUGGUGGCAGUUCUCUGCAACUUCUUUCAUCGCCGACCCCUUGAGCGAUGGCACUCUCGGACGCGUCUCAAGAAGAGGCUCAAGUCCUCCGUGGUAGAGUUGCCUCCUCUGCCUGAGAAGAUCACGAGCAUCUUGAGGCAGAAAUCCAGGAUCAUGCUGCAAGCCGCGCUCUGGCAGCUCCAGCGCCUGGUCCUGAGCCUGGAGAACCCGAACUGCGCCCUCCCCCUGAGCAAGGUGCAGCCCUGCACCUCCACUCCCUCCAAAGCCUUGCGAUCCCCCUUCAUGGCGCUCUCCGGCCGCAAGCACGACUUCGUGAGCUUGCAGGAGCUUUGCUCCGAGCUGCGGGAUGACCUCCGCUUGGAUCCUGAGAUGUUCCCGGUGCUGGAGGUCGCGCCGGACGUGCCCGCCGUGCGGCUCAACGCCUAUCUGCUGGACUUCUACCAGCAUGGCCAGGUCGAUGCGCUGGAGCACGACAACAGGAUCCCGCACACCGAAUACUGGACACUUCUCGAGGACUUCAUGUUCUUCCUGAGGGCCCUGGCCUCGGUGGCCAAGCACCGCCAGCAGCGCGCCCAACAGCGAGGGGAGGCCACGGAGCUCGGUGAGGAGGUCAUCGUGGGCGCCUUCCAGGCGAUCAGCACGCAGUUCGAGGUUUACGCGGAUUUGGUGAAGGGUUCCCACCUGCCCCUGAUGAACCUGCCCUUGUGGCGGCUGCUUCUCCUGCUGCUGCCGGCGACGGCGCUCCGCGACGCAACGCAUGCCUCCCGCGAUGGCUGCAUGCAGAAGGUGAAGGGGGUCGCGGAUGGAGUCUAUGGACGGUGGUUCUCGAAGAAGCUCUCGCAGCUCUUCUUCGAUGACCCAUUCCAGGUUGCCUUGGAUGGCUAUCAAACCCUCGACGACUUCCAGAAGGAUCUGUUGACGCGGCUGGAAGACUCCCUCCUCUAUCACUGCAAGGUCUUUGUGGCACAGGGCUCCUGCGCGGGGAUCCGCAACGCCCGAUUUGGGAAGCAGCGCCUGCCGCGGGGCCGGCGCGACUUCCCGACCAAGAUCAGCCCUGGCGAGGAGUGCUGA